AUGAUUCAGGAGGGCCGUAACAACAGGAAAAAGCUUCGAGGCUUCAUAAAAACCUACAAUAGUGAAAACUCUGAAACUCUCAGUGAAAAGGAUGCAAUAGAAGGUAUCCUGCCAUGGCACAAUUUACUGCCUCAUCAUAGCAAAAAUGUGUCCCUGGCUCAAAAAAAGAAGGCAGUAGAAGAUGUGGAGCUUCAGAAGAGAUCCAGAGAGGAGCAACAACAUACCAUUCAAGAAAUGCUGCAUUAUCUCACAUAUUACAAGAAGAAGAGAGAGAUUUUAACCGAACAUACUAAAGAGUUAUGUGGAAUUUUCCCUUCAUAUCUAAGCAAGGAUCCUAACAAGUACACUAUUGAAGAGAAGCACUUAUCACCCAAAAAUAAUAGUGGAAUCCUGGCUCUUUUGAAGCAAGGGCAAAAGUUGUGUACUGACAAGCUGAUUACUACUGGCCUCCAUUGUCUUGCCUGCACUUUGUUUCCCAUCAAUCAUAUCACUCAUUCUUACAGGUGUGAGACAGAGAGGGACAAGAUCAUCCAAGAGGAACAACCGCAACAGUGUGGGAAGUGGGCGAAGUGUUACCCGUUACCGCACAUCGGCGAUCUACAAUAGUUUCUCCACAAAGAUACAAACCAAUGCCAUUCUCUCAAAUAGACUAUGUGGCUGUUAGAGAAAAAGGAAAUUUUAUGGUAAACAUGUUCAUACUAUCCCCAAGUCGAUCGGAUAAGAAUUGAAUUUUUUAGAAAUAUUUGUUCGUCGGACAUAAAAAUAUGUCUACUCGGGCAGCUUCAAGUGACCCCCGAUGGACACGAUCUUGUGUCCGCGGGGGAGUAAAGUGUUUAUUAAUAAAAACAAAAUCGCC